ACGGAAAUAAUCCAAUCAACCACCUUGCCCACUUUCAUCUUCUUCAUCUUCCUUUGGUUUUUUCCUCUUUCUUUUCUUUUGUUGUGUUUCCACUUCCUCUGUCUGCCUUUCUCUUUGCUCUGUCUUCUUCACCCACCCUGGUUUAAGGCUAAGAUUUUCUCUCUCAUAAUUUCACAUCUUCACUCUCUCUCACUCUCUCACUCUUUCUUUCUCUCUCUUGCAAUUUAUUGUUUUUUCUUUCCAUAAAUUGUAAUUACUCUUUCAAAAAUCUUUGCUCUCGUUGUAUUAACAGUUAAAAAAGGGAUCUUAUUUUAACUUAUCUCUCUCAUUUCCAUCUCUUUAUCUGUCCCUCUCUCACUCUCUCUCUCUUUCUCAAUCUCUCUCUUUCUCUUUGACUCUCUCCCUCAUUCUCUGUUUCUGUCUUCAUCUCUUCAUCUCUUUGUAUCUUUCCCUGGUUUAACCCGUUCACCUCUUCAAUCUUCCACCACCAAACAACCACAACCAACCACCUUGCAAUGUCUGAUAGAGGCUCUGAGCAAGAGACCAACAGCAAUCCUGGUCAAAUGUCAUCAUCGGGCGAAGUGGAAUUAGCAACCAAGAUGCUUCAAAUCCAACAUAAAAGAUUUUAUUUGGAUGUCAAGCAAAAUCGCAGAGGUCGAUUCUUCAAAGUUGCUGAGGUUGGAACCGCUGGUAGAAAAAGUCGACUCUCUUUGGCAAUGUCAACGGCGGCAGAGUUCAGGGAUCAUCUAACAGCUUUCAGUGAACUUUAUGCAUCUUUGGGUCCACCAAAUCCUGAUAGUUUACCAGAAGAUGGAAAAUUAAAAUCGGAAGUUAUGGUCAAAGAUAAUCGACGUUAUUAUCUUGAUUUGAAAGAAAAUAAUAGAGGAAGAUUUUUAAGGGUUAGUUGGGCUACAGACCCAAUUGAAUACUCUUACUAUGAGGUUUCUCAAACAAUGCCUAGAGGAGUCCAGCGAGCUCAAAUAGCUAUUCCUGCCCAAGGAAUGAUAGAGUUUCGUGAUGCAUUGACUGAUCUGCUUGAUGAGUUUGGAAAUGCUGAUGGCUGUCGUGAAGAAGAUAAAGUUUCAAGUUCGGGUUUCAAAGGUGAAUUACCUGAAGGUAAACUAAUUCGAACUGACAGCAAAAAGUUCUACUUUGAUAUUGGACAAAACAAUCUAGGAAUUUAUUUGCGAAUAUCAGAGGUAAAAAACAAUUUCCGUUCGUCAAUCACCAUUCCAGAGAAAUCUUGGGUUAAAUUUCGAGACGUAUUCACAGAAUAUGUCGACAAAAUGCGAGAAUCAUCUGAAGAGAAGAUCCCAGGCGUUGGUAGCGGUGCAAAUGGAGGAAGUGGAUCACAAGGACCUCAAACCACCGGCGGUGAUGUUAGUGGAAAUGCUCUAUCAACAACUACCUCAAAAUAAGACAAAAAUAAUUAAAAAUGAAUAAUGUUAUUGUUGGACAAUUAAAAACAAAGCUUGUUAAUUAUGAAUUAGUAUUUAAAAACAAAUCAAACAAGUUUCCCUGGUUAAGAUUUAUCUCUGCAACUUACAAAAAAAUGUACAUAAUUAACAAAGAAACAAUUGAUUCUAGGAUUCAUCCAUGAUUUAAAAGUAUAAAAAAAUCAACAAAACAACCAACUCAAUAUAACUAAAUUAAUAAUCAAAAAAAAAACUAAAAAAUUUCAAUUAAAGUGCACAAUUAAAUAUUUA